UCACUCACACUCACUCCAUUGCUUAAAUUGAUGAUUCCGCGUCUGAAAAAAGACAAGCAACGCGCGCUUUCUUUUGCUUUAAAAAAACACUCAACUUUCGCUUUCUCUCCCCAAAAUUCAAAUUCCGUUUCCAUUUCCAAUUCCAAAUUCCUCUCUUCAGGUCUGUUCAUCUUCUAUAUCUUCUGUUAAUACUGAUUUCGCUGCUCCUUCUCCUUGCCUUCGUGGUUUUGCGUGAGUGCCUCUUUCUAGAUUUUCCUUUUUUGAUGAAAAACUGUUUGAUUUCUGAGAAAUUGGAGGAAAAGAAAGAGAAAGAAAGGAACAAGUAGUCGGUUUUGUUGCCUUUGUUGUCAAGUGUUCAAAGAUGCUAAACUUUAACUUGUGUAGGCUUUGAUUUUAAGGCUUAUUACAGUGGACAAGUCCUAUCUCGCAAUUUCCUCUCUCUCACUGCUUCCUUGUAUUUUCCUGCACUUUCUUAGCAACCAAACGGAUCUUUCUUAUAAGAAAACCUGCUUGAAGAACCGUAAGGUCGCUUGUAUUCGUAAACUGGAUUUAAAUGUUUGCAUCUGCUUUCAAUUUGCUUGAUGCAAAACUUUUACUUCUUUUAGGAUUUUAUUUUAUGUAUCUUUGAACUUACUGUCUGGACGACUACUAAGAAUCUUCAUCUGAUUAUAAUUUUUAUUUUUUAAUUUAUUCUUUUUUGUUAUAUAAACAUAUAUGAGCAAGCAUGGUUUGUUUAGUUUGGUGUAUUGUUAUUUUGUAAAAUUGAGACGUUGGGGGCUUCUUUUUCAUUUGGAUAGUUUCUGGAGCUAAUAAUGCAAUCAAAGGCUACAAGAGUAAGAACACAGAACUAAUAAAUAUUGAGCGAACAAGAUUUUCAAAAUUACUUGAAUGCCUUAAGCCUUCAACACCAUGUAAGUUUUGGGCUUUUCAUUGCUAAAUGAAAAGAGUUCAAGGAAAAACAGGAAAGAGAUUUAUGUACUCUGGAGUGAAAUAAAUAAAAUCAUACAGAAUGGAUUGGAAUUUAGAGCUCCAAUAUAUGGUUUGAUGCAUGGUUGGAUCGCGAUCUUUGAGGAAUUUUGCUUCAGUGCUUCACUAUAGUCAACUAAAAAAAAUGUUUUCUGUGUUUUCUGUGUUUUUUUUUUUCUUGUUUAUUAUUUUUUUCCACAGGAGGACUCUCUCUCUUUCUCUCAGUCUUUGAGUUUCCCAAUAAAACUACUACUAUAGAGUGAUGGUGCACGUUCUGUGCAAUGCCCUCUCUCUCUCUCUCUCUCUCUCUCUCUCUCUUUGGGAGUGCAUGGGUUGUCUAACAUGUGUCUGUUAUAUAUGUUGUAAACUAUUGAAGGGAGUUCUAUAUUGUUUGGAAACUUUCAUCCUACUUUACGUUUUUGCUCCAACCCAACAAUUAACCAAAAUGGAAUUCAGCAUACAUUAAUAGUUUCACAUCAAACUCCCCUGUGGCAAACCCUUGUCCUUUGGCCUUUGAGCCUGUUAUUUGAUGUGGUUAAGCCAAGCACGACCGUGAUUUGGACUGCAAUUGAGCAAUGAUUGCUUGUGGUUGUGCUGUGCCCAUUCUCUUUGGGCAACCUAUGGUAUACAUAUGUUUUGCUGGGGUUUGGUAUAAUAACUUGGGCCAAAAUGGUUAGGCUACAGUUUUGUUCAUUACUGGAGGCAGUCAAUAAAUUGUGUCUUCCAUUGCUUUUUCUGCACUUCAGCACUUAUUUUGUGUAUUCAAGGGAAAAUUAUUCUUGUGUUGGAAGGAUCACCAACAAAAUGCCUGAGAUUCAGUUGGGUGCUCACACUGUAAGAUCACAUGGGGUCAAAGUUGCCAGGACACAUAUGCAUGACUGGUUGAUUCUUUUGCUUCUUGCGGUGAUAGAUGUCAUAUUGAAUGUUAUAGAACCAUUUCACCGGUUUGUUGGGAGAGAUAUGAUGAUAGACCUGUCAUACCCACUGAAGGAUAAUACAGUUCCCUUUUGGGCUGUUCCAGUUGUUGCAACAUUGCUGCCUUUUGUCAUUAUUGUUGUCUAUUACUUUAUCAGAAAGGAUGUCUAUGAUCUGCACCAUGCCAUUCUGGGCCUUCUAUUUUCAGUGCUUAUCACUGGAGUUAUAACUGAUGCAAUUAAAGAUGCUGUUGGCCGUCCAAGACCUGAUUUCUUUUGGCGUUGUUUCCCAGAUGGCAAGGGAUUGUUUAACAAUGUCACAACCAAUGUUAUGUGUACGGGGGUGAAGAGUGUCAUCAAGGAAGGGCACAAAAGUUUCCCUAGCGGACACACUUCUUGGUCCUUUGCAGGUCUUGGUUUUCUGUCAUGGUACUUAUCUGGGAAAAUCAGGGCUUUUGAUCGUAGGGGCCAUGUUGCAAAGCUUUGUAUUAUUUUCCUACCAUUACUUGUUGCAGCCCUUGUAGGAAUUUCUCGAGUCGAUGACUACUGGCAUCACUGGCAGGAUGUAUUUGCUGGGGCUCUUAUAGGGCUGACAGUUGCUUCAUUUUGUUACUUGCAGUUCUUCCCACCUCCAUAUGAUAUAGAUGGCUGGGGACCUCAUGCUUACUUUCAGAUGUUGGCAGAAUCGCAGAAUGGUGCUCAGUCUUCUAAUAACUCCAAUUUUCUUAAUGUGCGGGAAUCAGAACUUCAGAGUGUAUAUAUCGAUUCUCAACAUCAUAGUGUCAAUAGCCGGGACAGAAGGCCCAUUCUGGAAGGAACAGAGGGUGAGAGGAGACAGUGACUUCAGGUUUUGACCAUACCACAUGUCCAUACCAUGUAAACUCAGUGGAAUGUGUUUCUUCACAUUAGCAGACCUCCACACUUGAAAUGUCUGCUUGGUUCACCCCUGAACCUACUCUUUUAAUUCAUUGAUUCAAUUUAAGCGUUUGACUGUUCAUAUUC